GCUGGUAUUUGAUAAAAUCAGCCAGACUGGUAGUUAGAACAAUGGGCAGCCCAGGCCCUGGCCUUAGGCCCGUUACUGGCAACUUAUUUGCUAAGAGUGAGCUUAUUAUACUAAUUACACACACCAAUUUUUGA